AUGUCGUACAACCGUCUUGGCCCAUACGGCCGCCAUUCGCCUGACGAAGACGAACAUUACGGCGCCCAGUCGCAAAACCCAUUCAUGGAUCCUCGCGCCGGCAGAUCACCGUCCCCCGGACAUCCGCUAGAGUCGUAUGCCUUGCACGACAAUCCCUAUACCCACGACGAACCGCUACACAUGCCCAUGGGUCCUGGUCCUCGUCCAGGCGCUUCGCCCAUGCCUGGAACGCCCUCAGACAGACUCCAUCCUCAGCCUACAGUGAGAUUACCCUACAUCUCAUAUGAGUACGACCUGCUGACCACUAUCGCANNGUUCUCGGUAGAGCACGUUCCAGGAACUUACGGCCACAGCGACAGCUAUGACUCGCAGCAUCGUUACCAAACAAGUCCUGUCUACAAUUCAGGCGAUUAUGCCCUCUCCCCUGAAGAUCACCACGACGCAUACCACAAUGAGCCUUACCAACCUGCUAUAACUCCUAUGGAAGAGGUGUACGGUCCUCCCUCUGGCGAUCAACAUCCUCACUACUGGCAGGAUGAGGUCGACACACACCCUAUCUUGCAGCAAGAUUCUGCCUACGGGCCUGAUCCUCAUCAAGUGCCCACUCCAAUGGCAGAGGAAGAAAUGGAAAUGAACGCAGAUCAACCACAACCAGGAGGUGGGAUUCGUAGAUGGAAGACGGUCAAGGAAGUCCAGCUCUUCAACGGCAACCUGGUUCUCGAUUGUCCUAUCCCUCCGAGACUUUUGAAUCAGAUCCAGCACGCUCAGCCUCCUGAGCGUGACGAGUUCNNUACCCACAUGCGCUAUUCGGCUGCCACUUGCGAUCCUUCCGAAUUCUAUUCGGAGCGCUUUACCUUACGCCAGAAACUNUUUGCCAAACCCAGACACACCGAGCUGUUCAUCGUCAUCACCAUGUACAAUGAGGAAGAUGAGCUCUUUGCUCGCACAAUGAUUGGUGUCAUCAAGAACAUUGAAUACAUGAAUUCGCGAAACAGCAGCAAAACUUGGGGCAAGGAAGCUUGGAAGAAGAUUGUCGUUUGCGUUGUCAGCGAUGGUCGUGCGAAGAUCAACCCUCGUACCAGAGCCGUUCUUGCAGGUCUGGGUGUUUACCAAGACGGUAUCGCCAAGCAGCAGGUUAACGGCAAGGAUGUCACUGCUCACAUCUACGAGUACACCACACAGAUGACACUCGAGCUCAAGAAAGGUGUGGUCUCUGUUAAGAAAGGAAACACGCCUGUUCAGAUGCUGUUCUGUCUCAAGGAGAAGAACCAGAAGAAGAUCAACUCUCACAGAUGGUUCUUCCAGGCCUUUGGUGAGGUUCUUGACCCCAACAUCUGUGUUCUGAUCGACGCUGGUACCAAGCCAGGAAAGGACUCCAUCUACAAGCUGUGGAAGGCUUUCGACCUCGAGCCCAUGUGCGCCGGUGCUUGUGGUGAGAUCAAGGCUAUGCUGGACCAUGGUAAAACUCUCAUCAACCCGCUGGUCGCUGCGCAGAACUUUGAGUACAAGAUGAGCAACAUCCUUGACAAGCCUCUUGAGUCUGCCUUCGGUUUCAUCAGUGUCCUUCCUGGUGCCUUCUCUGCUUACCGCUUCAUGGCUCUUCAGAACGACAAGACUGGCCAGGGUCCUCUCGAGAAGUACUUUGCUGGUGAGAAGAUGCACGGUGCUAAUGCCGGUAUCUUCACUGCCAACAUGUACCUCGCCGAAGACCGUAUUCUUUGUUUCGAACUGGUGUCAAAACGCAACUGCUCUUGGAUCCUGCAAUACGUCAAGUCCGCUACUGGCGAGACUGACGUUCCUACCGAGAUGGCCGAUUUCAUUCUACAGAGAAGACGUUGGCUGAACGGCAGUUUCUUCGCCGCUGUCUAUGCCCUCGCUCAUUUCCAUCAAAUCUUCCGCAGCAACCACUCUGUUGGUCGCAACUUCAUGUUUAUGGUCGAGUUCUUCUACCAGGGCGUCAGCAUGCUCUUCGCUUGGUUCGCUAUCNNAUAUCUCAUGUUUGCAACCGUCUUCAUCACUGUCAAGUCUGUACAGGCACAACUCAAGGAGCACGAUCACUUCACGUUUAGCAUGCUGUUCACCAACUCGUUGUUCUUGACGCUCAUCGUAUCGAUGGCCAGUACAUACGUCCUGUACUUUGUCGCCUCCUUCAUGUUCUUGGAUCCUUGGCACAUGUUCACGUCCUUCUUACAAUACCUUCUCCUCACGCCAACUUACAUCAACAUUCUCAACGUCUACGCCUUCUGCAACACUCACGACAUCACUUGGGGUACCAAAGGAGAUGACAAACCAGAAAAGCUGCCCUCUGCUGUCACCAAGCCUGGUGGCAAAGUCGACGUUACCAUUCCCAGCGAUGACCACGAUCUCAACAGUCAAUACGAAGAAGAACUUCGCGUGUUCUCCACGAAGUGGACGCCUCCUGUCAAGGUUGCUUCGGCGGCUGAGAAGCAUGAAGACUAUUACAAAGGAUUCAGAAGUGCCGUCGUUCUCGCUUGGAUGUUCUGCAACUUGGCUCUCGCUGCAGUCGUCCUCAACACAGGAGGCCUGAACCGUGUCUCAGUCGGUGUUCAAGAUGACAACCAGCGCAGCACAAUCUACAUGAGUGUCGUGCUCUGGAGUGUUGCGGUUCUCAGUGCUUUCAGAUUCAUUGGUGCUUGUUGGUUCUUGGUGGUUAGACUUAUCAGGGGUGUUUAG